GUAGCUGAAAAGGUUGCCUGGAGAGGCACUUUUAAACACCGAGAGGUUUGGAGAUGUCUUGGAACGUUGGGAAUAUCUCGACCUCUUAGAGCGGGAUUACACUUAAUGGCUGUUGGGUUUUUCCUUAGGCCGGGAAUAUGCCGAAAGGAGUUUGAUGUUACCUCAAAAGAGAGCAGAAGAUACAACAUUCCAAGUUACUAAUAGUUGUCAGACCAGUCUCAUAGUCCAGAAAGUAAAGUAGAUACCAAGAAACUCAAGGUUCAUUAUGAAAACAAGUAAUCCAGAAGAUAAUGCUAAUGAUCAAGCUGAAGAUGCUCUGCAAAUGGCGAUAGAAUACUUUGAGAAAGGUCCCAAGAAAACUUCACGGCGUAAAGAUGGGAUCUCGGAAACACAUGUGAAAGCUGUUGAAAAUGUGGCUUGGAAGAAUGGGUUACCGCCAGAAGCAAUCGACGUUCUAUUAAAUGUAGCACUCAGUGGCACAUUUGGGAAUGUUGUAAAUACACGGCUAUUGAAGUGCAUGAUUCCAACAACUGUAAUAGCAGAAGAUUCUGUGGUUAAGGCUGUCUCCUGGCUCUGUGUUGGCAAGUGUUCUGGUAGUAUCAAGGUACUUUUUUAUCGUUGGCUGAUUACAAUGCUUGACUUCAUUGAUCAUAAGGAACAAAUUAAUUUGCUCUAUGGCUUCUUUUUUGCUUCAUUGCAAGAUGAUGUCCUGUGCCCUUAUGCCUGCCAUUUGUUAUAUUUACUUACCAAAAAAGAUAAUGUCAAACCAUUUCGUGUGAGAAAAGUGCUUGAUCUUCAGGCCAAAAUGGGAAUGCAGCCACAUCUGCAGGCUUUGUUGUCACUGUAUAAAUUCUUCGCCCCUACUUUGAUUUCUGUAUCUUUGCCUGUCAGGAGGAAGAUCUAUUUUAAGACCUCAGAGAACCCAUGGACUUCAGCUUUGACUGCUGUGAGGCAAAGAAACUAUAGACCUUCUGUAGGACCUUUAAAACUGACAUUAGGUCCAGAUAAGGGCCCCAAUGGAAAAAGAAAAUGGAAUUCUCACUCAAUUAUACCAGUGCUACAUUCUGGUACCUACGCUAGAGAAUGUGGGAAAAGAGAGAUGAGUCUUUCUGAUUAUCUCAGUCACAAUAGAUCCCUCCCAGUAGAACAGCUUCAAAGUUUUCCUCAACUUUUACAGAACAUCCGUUGCUUAGAGCUGCCCUCUCAGAUGGGCUCAGUGCUAAAACACCCCCUCCUUCUUCACUACAUUAACUGUGUCAGAGACGAGUCAAUCUUACUGAGACUGUAUCACUGGUUGAGUCAAGCAUUACAAGAAGAGUGUCCUUGGUAUAACAUGAACAAUUAUGAACAGGGGGAAGAAUUUAUGAAUCUCCUGGACACUGUCAUCAGGGCAGAGUGCUUCUUACAAGAGGGGUUUUAUUCCUGCGAAGCAUUCCUGUAUAAAAGCUUUCCUCUCUGGGAUGGCUUCUGUUAUCGAUCACAGUUUCUGCAACUCAUGAGCUGGAUUCCUUUUAGCAGCUUCUCUGAGAUAAAGCCACUUCUUUUUGACCAUCUGGCACCUCUCUUUUUUACAUCAACUAUUUAUUUCAAGUGUAGUGUUCUUCAGAGUCUGAAAGAACUGCUUCAGAAUUGGCUGUUGUGGCUUUCUAUGGACAUCCCCCAGGGUCCUAUGACAUGCAGUCCUCUGGACACAACUUUGGGCACAUCCAUCAUCUCUGUGUCUAAACUGAUUGAAUACGUAGGAUGGCUGUCCACAGUGGCAUUGCGCCUGGAGGAUAACAGUGCUUUCUUGCUGCACUUCAUUUUGGAUUUUUAUGAGAAGGUGUGUGACAUAUAUGUAAAUUAUAACGUUCCAAUAGUGGUGUUGCUUCCUCCUGGGAUCUUUUACUCUGCACUGCUCAGCCUGGAUACCAGUAUUUUGAACCAACUCUGUUAUAUUAUGCACAGGUAUCGUGAGAACAUGAUUGCUGCAAAGAAAAAGGAUUUGUUGGGAAAGACAAAAUCAGAGUUCAAUUUCAGCAGAAAGACCUGUGAAGAGUUUAAUAACUAUUUGACAGUCAUGAUUGGUUGCCUGUGGAUGUCCAAACCUUUCAAGAAACAAAUGUAUAUUGAACCCCACAUCCUAGGAAAAGCUAAAAUAGAAAAAUAUGAAAGCAAUUUAAAUUUAGUCCUUCAUCCUUCUCUACUAAGUUAUGCUGCUUCCUUCUUGCUACAGGAAAACCCAGAAAAAAAGGCCUUAAAUGUAGACACUAUUCGGGGACAGAAAUGGAAUAAGUACGUGGACUAUUUAUUUUCAGAAGGGUUACAAGGCUUGAAGCUCUUCAUACAAAGCAAUGUUCAUCGUUUUUAUGAUUUCCCAGUAAGAGAGCAUAAUGAAAGUGAUGGGUAUUAAGUGAAAGUUGAUACUUGCACUGUUUAAUAAACUGACUUGUCUUCAAGUACUACUCAGCCCUGCGUACUAAUGAAAAACACCCUCCUCCUCUCCAGGGGCUCUUUUUAUCAUGAAGAGACACAUCUGCUCUGGGGUGAGGUUUGUCACAUUUCCAUGUACAGUAAGUUGCAUUGCUGAAAGCUAACAGGUAAUGCAUAGUAGCCUUUAACCCACAUGCACUCAUGCCAGCCAUUUGACCAACUGCUUCUUUGAAAUCUCUAGGAUAUUAUUAUUUUUCUUAUAUAAACAGCAGUACCAGUACCAAAUGAGUAGCAUAUAAUACAUAGGAAAGUCCUCAGUAGCUGAUGGCUUCCUGGUAGCAAUCUGAUGAGGGAAGGAAGUAGAGAGGAUUGUCAAGAGGGAAGAAGACAAUGCUGUUUAUAUAGGUUUGAUUUUAUGAAACUGCUCUAUUUUAUUGUAUUUGGGUGUAUAUGUGUAUGCCCAGUUUUUAAAUGUGGAGGCUUAAACAAACUGAUUACAGCUUUGCUAUUAGAAGUAAUUUUGAACUUUUAAAAAAUUUAUAACAACAGGUACAAUAUCAUAAUAGAAAUUUAUACUGAAGUUUUGUUUUAAUACUAUGGAAUAGCUCUCUUCUUUUAAAAUAAAAUUAACAUAAUUUUAGUAGAAUGAAGUUGAAUUUGUCUUUUAAGGGCACAUCCUUGUUCUUUUCCCUCCUUUCCAUUAAAACAAAAACUGUAUUAUUAAUAGUGUUCAGACCAGAAAUCCUAUUCAUCUAUUCACUUAUUGAAUUGAAUUAACAUUUGUUGAGUUUCUUACUGUGUGCCAGGUUAUUCUGUGUGCUGGUUUUACACCUGCUUUUAUAGAGCUUAGAAUCCAAUGAGGAAGACAAACAAUAAGAAUUUAAGCAAACAUGUCAUACUAG